GCUCAAGAUUCACUUCCUACUUUUCAUCCCUUUAAAUACUACCUCCUUACAAUACAAAGGGACUGAUCUAAACAAGUGGCCAUAGCUUCCUUAACAUUCUACCAACAAAACACAAACCUUAUUCAUCAUUCAACAUGCAGACAUCACUUCUUCACGACCUAGUUGUUCCAAUCAUACAUGACCAGUUUCAAAAGUCGGAUAACAGAUACUUACUUGAUUCUGCCUCUCAUCCAUGUCAAUAUCCAUCUAAACAUCAAAGCAAAUGUAGAGUAAGUUCUAACCAGAAAAAGCGCAGCAGGAAGGCCGAUAGUAAUUCGGAAACUACAGCAAGACUUGGGACAAACAUAUCUGAAACUAUAAAGAGAAAGUUAAGCUUAGGGGCUCGAAUUCUUCAGGUGGGUGGAGUGGAGAAAGUGUUCAUGAAGUAUUUUAGUAUGAUCGAGGGGGAGAAGCUACUGAAAGUUUGCCAUUGUUAUCUGUCGACCACAUCUGGCCCUCUAGCUGGUCUCCUCUUCAUAUCCACUGAAAAGGUUGUGAUUCUAGUGAAGAACAUAAAGUGUGUGAGUCAAAGUCAAAAUGUAGAGAAACCAACACAGAAGUACAUAACUAUAGUUACAAUGGAUAAUUUUGAUUUCUGGUUUAUGGGUGUGUUCAAAUAUCAGAAAACUAUCAAAUAUCUCGAGCAAGCAAUUUCACAAGUUUAGAUAAAUCUCCCUAGUCCACCAUAUGUGCAUAAUAUAACUAGUCGAUGCUCGAAGAAAGCUUCAUGUUGCGAUUACAAACAUUAAGAUAUAUAUAAAACUGAGAAAAAAUGAUAACCAACAAGACAAGUUAUGAAAAGUGACAGUUUUAAUAGAAGAUAUUGGACUUUGUGGACCGUAUUGAUCAUUCAGAAGCAGAAAACAUCUUGCGGGAUUCAGGCUUUGGACUUUUCCCCCAAGAUUGACUAGUGAACACAUAUGCACUUGGUUCAUUCAUAUUGGCUCAGAUGCAGACAUGGUUGUCAACAUAGUGUUGGUAGAAUUGUAGAUGCAAGAGAUCGAUGGAUGACGGCAAACAAGAUCGAAGGACAGUAAAUAGGAAGAUUGAGGAACACUAUCAGAAGUUAAUUUUCAAGCACAAUUAUUUAACAUGUUAAUUACGUGCAUGUUUUCAGGAACUUUCGAAAUGUAUUUAAACCAUAAGAAUUCUUUAAUAAAAAUUUGUCUAUAGUUAUGCAAA